GCACAACAAACACGUCGCGAUCGCGAUGUGGCACGUGCAUAGGGCACGUUGGUUGUAUGAGGCACACAUAAUAUCGUUACAAGAACAACGUGCGAGUAAAGAGCAAUUCGAGAGCACGUUUUGCUGUUUGUUACUGUUUUUUUAUUGCUAUUGCUGAACUGUUCAAGAAUGCUUACACUAGAGCAAAUGAUCUAAGACAAUUUUUCAGUGCCAGUUUGAGUUAGAUCAGUCUGAGUUGGUCUGAGUCCUCUUUAUUUGUUGUGUCGUGUCUGUUAACUUGGCGAUUUUAAGGCUUUGGUUUAACCUAUUGAAUCAUUUGCCAAACAUUUAUCGUCUGCUCACUUCUGACUCUGCCCGAUCACCACUGUAGAGAGAAAUCUGAGAAAUGCAUCUUGACCAAAACACACCAAGUGAUGCUGCCGUAUCUGAGCUGUCCCAGUUCCUGAAGGCGGACACCAGAACUGAUGUGAAGGCAGCAGCCCUGCAGCAUGUGCUGGGUCUGACGGGCUCGGAGGCCGGCCGCCGCCAGCUGCUGGCCGCUGCCGAUGUGCUGGCCCAGCUGAAGCGGCUGGUGGCCGAGGACCGCUCGCCGGCCGGCCACGACGCCAGCCUGGCGCUGCUCAACCUGUCGGGGUUCGCGGCGGCCGGCGCGCCGCUGCUGGCCGCGCCCGGGCCCAACACGGCCGAGCUGCUGCUGCGCCGCGCCGUGCAGACCGACAGCCGGCUGGCCGACGCCUGCUGCAUGGUGCUCUCCAACCUGAGCCGGCACCCGGCCGGCUGCGCCGCCAUCUGGCGGUGUCUGCGCGACGGCAGCGCCGAGGCCGACGGCGCCGUCACCGUCGAGCGGCUGGUGCUGGCGCUCUGCCAGCGCGGCUUCAACACAGUCGGCUGCAAACUCGACUACCUGGGGCCGCUGCUGUCCAACCUGACCCAGCUGCCCGAGGCCAGGAGUUACAUGCUGGACCGGGACCGGGUGGUGUUCCAGCGACUGCUGCCGUUCACAGACUACCAGGAGUCGCUGGUGCGGCGAACCGGCGUCAUAGGCGCCAUCAAAAACUGCUGCUUCGAGACCGACAGUCACAUGUGGCUGCUGGGCCCGGACGUGGACCUUCUGCCGCGCCUGCUGCUGCCGCUGACCGGGCCAGAGCCCUACGAUGACGAGGACAUGGAGAAGCUGCCCGUGGACCUGCAGUACAUGGACGAGACCAAGACCAGGGAGGCGGACGUCGACAUCAGGAAGAUGCUCCUGGAGGCCAUCACUCAGCUGUGCGCCACACGCUCUGCCCGAGAGCGGGUCCGCGCCCAGGGCGCCUACCUGAUCCUGCGUGAGUACCACAAAUGGGAGACGGACGAGGCGGCGCUGGAACUCUGCGAGGAGCUCGUCAAUAUCCUCAUCAAGACGGAGGACGAGAUUGGCGUGGACGACCUGAAGGCCGUCCAGAUCCCCAACGACGUGGCCGAGCGGCUGCACAAGGAGUCUUCCGCGGCGGCGGAGCAGCCGCUGCCGGCCGACACCACGUGACCCAGCACACACCCUCUCUGCCUCCUUUUGAAUAUAUUUACAACAACUUGGA